CGAGCAGACGUAAACACAGCUCCAGAGUAAAAAAGACGUUGAGAGCUCAGUGACGCUUGGGGGACAAAAACAAAAAAGAAAACUGCAUUUUGCCAGUUUUCGUACUUGCUCGCCCACUUAUUGAGGCAUUUCUCUCCGACUUCAGCUACAGUGAUAGCUAAGUUUGGAGAGGAGGAAAACGAGAGCAAGAGACGUCGCUUACAUUUUUUUGUUUGUUUUGAUCUUAUUGUUGCAGAGCUGCGUGACACUGGGAAAAGGCUCAUUUUUAAUCCAAAGUAGCUUUUUUUUCGUAAUAAUCAUGGAAAAUUCUCAAGCCAAGAAUACAUGUUGUGGAUCCCUAAAAAAUUUCUUCACGUCAUCAAAAUUGCUCAUCUAUAUGGGACAUGCAUUGUCAACGUGGGGUGACCGAAUGUGGAAUUUUGCCGUGGCCGUGUUCCUAGUGGAGCUGUAUGGGGACAGCUUGCUGCUGACGGCUGUGUACGGUUUGGUAGUGGCUGGGUCCGUGCUGCUGCUAGGUGCCAUCAUUGGCGACUGGGUGGACAGGAACCCCAGACUCAAAGUGGCCCAGACAUCUUUGGUUGUCCAGAACAGUUGCGUCAUGAUAUGCGGAGUUCUCCUCAUGGUGGUUUUCCAGUUUAAAACGCAGCUCAUGGAGUUAUACAAUGGAUGGCUGCUGACCACCUGCUACAUUCUGGUGAUCAGCAUUGCCAACCUCGCCAACCUUGCCAGUACUGCAAUGUCCAUCACCAUCCAAAGGGACUGGGUGGUGGUUGUGGCAGGUCAGGACAGCAGCAAGUUGGCAGAUAUGAAUGCCACAGUGCGGAUUAUUGAUCAAUUGACCAACAUCCUGGCUCCCAUGCUGGUGGGCCAGAUCAUGGCCUUCGGCUCUCACUUUAUCGGCUGUGGCUUCAUCUCGGGUUGGAACCUGUUGUCCAUGUUCCUGGAAUACAUGCUGCUGUUGAAAGUCUACCAGAAGACACCAGCGUUGGCCGUCAAGUCGGGUCAGAAGGAGCAGAACGAAGAGGAGCUCAAACAACUGAGCCCUGAUGGAGAAUCCAAGACAACCCAAAGUCCUGAGGAAUCCUCUCAACCCAUGAUAGAAGCAACAUCACCAACACUCAAGGUUAUGGCUAAGGUCCCCAAAAAGCAAAGUGGCUGCUACAAAGUGACCGAACCGCUGCGCACCCUGCAAGCUGGCUGGAAGGCAUACUACAACCAGAGCAUCUUCUUCGCCGGCAUGUCCCUGGCCUUUCUGUACAUGACCGUACUGGGUUUUGACUGUAUCACAACGGGCUACGCCUACACCCAAGGCCUCAACGGCUCAGUCCUCAGCCUCCUGAUGGGUGCUUCGGCUGUGUCGGGCAUCUGCGGCACGGUCGCCUUCACGUGGGUCCGAAAAAAGUGCGGCCUAAUCCGGACUGGUUUCAUCUCCGGGGUGGCGCAGCUCUCUUCUCUUAUGCUGUGCGUCUUCUCCGUCUUCGCUCCCGGGAGCCCCUUCGAUCUCAGCGUUUCGCCCUUUCAGGAGGUUUACUCCCAAGUCAUCGGGGAGAAGACGCUACCCAUUGUUGACAGCCUUGAGAGCAUCCUAACCAGCGGGAACAUAACCGCCACCAGUGCGCCGACUGAAGAGAUACUGAGCCGGAACUACAUGUCUGUCAGUUUGCUCUUUGCAGGCGUCAUUGCUGCAAGGGUCGGUCUGUGGUCUUUUGACCUGACGGUGACUCAGCUGAUCCAAGAAAAUGUGAUCGAGUCAGAGCGAGGCGUGAUCAACGGUGUCCAGAACUCCAUGAAUUACCUCUUGGACCUGCUGCACUUCAUCAUGGUGAUCCUGGCGCCCAACCCUGAGGCUUUCGGCUUGCUGGUCAUCAUCUCAGUGUCGUUUGUGGCGACGGGCCAUAUUAUGUAUUUCUACUUCGCCUUCAAGAGUCUCGGUCAUCGUCUGUUCCUCUGCUGCUCACCUGAGCAGAAAGUCCGUACAAAUGACUGUCCCUCACCUGCCAACGUCAUUUAAAAUGCCUUUCACGGUGACCAUCGUUGGUAUAUAUCAAUCUACUGUAGCUUGGUAUAUGUAUAUAUACAGUAAAUAUACAUCUCCUAUAGCUUACUGCAGCGUUAUUAACGUCUUCACAUGUAGCCAGUCGAGUGUAAAAGCUUGAAACUGAAGCAAUAGCAGUGAGUAGAGGUCAGAGUUGCGCCAUACAAGACUGAAUUUCAGAUUAGACCGGUUUCUCUUGACGCCGUUAUGGUUGUCUCUUUGGUACACUAACAAUGUUCAUGAGUCAAUGCUGCUUGCUACAUGCUUAAGCACAAACAAUGUCAAGACAAAAAAUGGUUUAAAAUAUUCUGCCUGCCUUAUUUUUUUAAUUUCUUCUUUUUAAAUGAUUACAAUUGAAGUAAGUCACAUUCACCCACGAACUAGGCUUAACAGGGAGAAAAUUCAGCGUUGCUGUAAUGUCAUUGGUGCUUGAAGUGUCUUAGCCAUCGUCCUGUGUUAGCUACACAGUUUGGGAUUGUUUUUUUUACUUUAGCAAAACGGCAACAACGGGAUCCCAAGUCUUUUUACAAUGUUAAAGGCUUAUGCAAAUGACCGUAUUUAUUCAGGCAAUGCAGGUGGUGUUUUGGUGAAAUGUCUCAGCAGUAUAUUCCUCAACCGGGGAGGAAAAACAACAACCUAUGCAGCCACUUCAAUAACUAUCAGUUACCAAAGUCCAGGUUCAUAGGAAUGUGGCAAGAAAGGAAGAAGAGAGGGAAUUGCGCUGAUGUGUCUUGAAGCAUUCCGAUUAGCUAUUUUGCAUCAGGUGAUGACUUUUUUACUAAGGCUUUCAGACUGUAAUUGUCAUUUCUGUUUACUUAUUGUUUUCUCUUGUAAUUACAGCUCUCCCAAGUAGAAUUUUCUUUCCCCUUUCUCGCAUCUGUGAUAGUGGUUACGCCAGCACUUUAUGUAAUUCACAUCAGUCAAUACGCUAAACUCACUGACGGCCAUUGACAGUGAUAGACAUUCAGUCUUUUGUAUUGGGAGGGCUGGGGUGUGAUCAUGUUUUAGUGGCAACGGUGGCAAUACCUUGGCCUACCCAGUCAAAAAUGAAUUGGAGGUCUAUUGCCAUCAAUGACAGGCAGUGAGUUCAUAUCUGAUUGGAAUGACAACAGUCAUUACUUGAUGUUUAAUUGUUCUUGCACAAGAUUAAAUCCACAGGUGGGCUAUGGCUGGGAAAAGGUGCAUAAGUAUGUCUGUAACAGUUCCUUUUGGAGGUCUGAAUGUAGGCCAUAUUUACUUUGGCUAUCCCUAAAUGGGAAAAAAAAAUGGUCUGUGUUAAGGGGCUUCUCAAAAUGUGUUUGUCUGCUAUUUUACAGUAACUUAACCCUCCUGUUAUGUUUAUUUCUCAGGAACAGUAAUGUUUUUGAGUGAAUAAGACUUGGAGCAUGUGGAAAUCUGAGUUAUUUAUAUAUAAGCUGGGUAAGAUCAUUCCAAGGGUAACUUGUUGAAAAACAUGCUGGAUGAAUAUUUAUGCCAAGAGCAGUGAAUGUUGGAAUCCAGUUGAUGAAGCAUUGUCAGCAGAAAAUGAGUUAAAUGGGGUCAUUUGCUCGCAACAUAACAGAAGAGUUAUCACAUAUCAGUAAAUCACGAAAGCAUCUCAGCAAAAUAAAUAACCACUCUGACUGAUUGUAUCCUUAACAACCACUCAACACUAAGAAGUUGGCCACCGAUUAUUAAUAAGCUAGACUUUGCUGUGAUUUUCCUGGUCAGGGUGUGGGUGGGAGACACCAGAUGCAGUAGGAGGCAAAGCCAAAAUUUAGAGGGAGUAUUGAAGUGGUGCUACAAAGUCCAAACCUGCCUUAUGAAUAGAGCUCGCGUUUCCAUUUCCUUACCUGAUUUUCAGUGCCACUUUCUGUAAGCUCUUCAGGAAUAUUACAAAAGGACAUUAACAUAUUUUUCAUAUAGUUGUCAGACAUAAUCCAUUUGCAAAAAAUGCUUAAAACGUUGUCAUCAUUGUGUUGGUCAAUUUAACUGUUUUAUAUACCUUGUGUUGUCAAAUUGUUCUCGUGAUCUCAGUUUCAUGCAUGAAUCUGACACUUUGUAUUGGUGUUUUGUUGUUUUUCUUUUAAUUGGACUUGAUUUCUUGUUUGUGUUAUGAUGAAUCACUCCAUAGAAUGUAAAUUGACGGUACUGUUUGAAAUGCAAGAGGCAUGUGGAAUAAAGGACCUUCAGUAUCGCCAGUUUAAA